AUGGGUUUAUUUAAUAGUGGAAAAAAUGAUAAAGUUGAAAAAGUAAACAAAUAUGAACGACAUUAUAAUGUUCCAUCAAGUUCUUCUCAUCGUCGUUCAUCAAAACAUCGUUCUCAUCAAGGUGAAAACGGUGUUAGAGCUAUGUCUCAACCACCAUUAAUGCGUAUUGCUGCUGGUUAUUAUCCAUCAUCUAGUGUUUUUCCUCCACCUCUUAUUGCUCCAAUGGCUCCUAAUGUUAUACCUCAAGUUCGAUAUCCAAUAUCACAAUUUGAUUUAAGCAAAUAUCCAUCGCCAACAACAUAUUCAGUUAAUCCAUUUGCUGCUGCUACUGGUGGUGGUGGCGGUGGUGGUGCUGCUGCUGCUGGUCAAAUGACACCAAUGAAUGUCAAUAAUCUUUGGAAUAAUGGAAUGGGAUUCGUUAAUAAUCGAUCGGCUUUUCAACAACCAUUAAACGAUUAUCAACAAUCUGGUUGGCCUUUAAUAACCCCAUCAUAUAAUGGAUAUAUGCCACCAAUGCAAUUUUAA